AUGCCGGCUGCCGCCCCCCAGUCUGGCACCCCUCGGGUCCAGGAAUGGGACAACGGCCUGACGCUCAUCCACGACUUCAUCACCCUCGAGCAAGAGGCAGCCAUCAUAUCCGCCUUCCACGAGGACCACCCGCCGACAGCAGCAGCCGCGGCGGCAUCGUCAUGCAAGAAGCGGCUCAGCCAGCACUUUGGCUAUCACUUCGACUACACCACCUUUGGCGCGUCCGAGACCGUCUUCACCCCGCUGCCGGGGUACAUGGACGACGUCCUCGCGCGGCUGCCGGUGCGCGACGAGCUGCCCGACCAGUUCACCGUACAGUACUACCCGCCAGGGGCGGGCAUCCCGCCGCACGUCGACACGCACUCGCUCUUCGGCGAGGCCCUGUACAGCCUAUCGCUGGGGAGCGCCGUGCCCAUCAAGUUCCGGAGGUGCGGCGCGCGGGACGCGCGGCGGAUGCGGCUCCCCAAGCGGUCCCUGGCUGCCGCCAAAACUACCACCAGCAGCGAGGCGGCCUCGACGCCACCGCUGCCGACGACGACGGCGCCAGAAGUACCGAACGUCGUAGCAGGCGACGCAGAGCAGGAGAAUGACGAUGAUGGCGACGAGAUGGAGCUGUUCCUCCCGCCGCGGUCGCUGCUGCUCAUGAUGGGCCCGGCGAGGUACGGCUACACGCACGGCAUCAGAGCGCGCAAGACGGAUGUGGUGGAUGGCCGGACGGUCGCCAGGGAGGGGAGGUACUCCAUCACGAUGCGCAGCGUCAAGAGAGGCGCCGAGAUUGGCUGCGGGUGCGACUUUCCCGGCGUGUGCGAUGCGAGGAUUGCGGAGGAGGAGGCGGCGCGGGUUUCUGGGGAGGCCUCGUCGUCGUGA